AAAUGCAAAAGUGAUUUAAGAGUUGGCACUUGGCAACAGCAACAACAGCAGCAUCUGCAUCUCCCUACUGUGUUGGUUUUGAAAGCAAAGGUUUCAUUGAGAUUCAUAUCAUCAUCCAAGAUAACAAGAGCAACAUGUGUCCUUUUGAUUCUCCCCAAACAACAAGAGAGAGCACCAACACAAGUCAAAGUGGUGGUGAUGUGCUGCUGAAGUGGGGUCACAGAAAGAGAUCAAGGCUCUCAAGGGCUGCCAUUGAAGAUUCAUCAUCUUCUGUUCACACCAACAACAACAACAACAACAACAGCAACAACAUGAGAAGAGUAAUCACUCACACUGUUCCUCCCAACUUCUCCAUGCCGCCGCCACCUCCUCUUGUUUCCUCUACUGCCUCCAGUGCCAGAGUUAGAAACCACUGCCACAGCCACAGCCCUAGGAAUUUGGAAGAUCCCUCUUUAGGUGGAAGUGAGUCACCAUCAAGGAACAGCCAGGGGAGUAACCCAGUUGUGUGUAGAUCUGCAGCACCAAAAGUGUCUUCUUCUGGCAUGGAAAGAAGUAGCAGGAGGAUGCCUUCUUCUGGAUCAGCAAAGUGUCAAAAGCCAACUGGAUUUUCAACUACACAAGGCUAUGAGAGACUGACUAAUAAUAGUCAUGGAGAUUCUGCCUCAGUGCAAUCUGAACAAGAAGGUGGGGUUCCCACUGCUCCUGCUAAUGGAAACAAGACUGUUGAGGUGAUUCAGUGGCCAAGGAUAUACAUUGCUCUCUCAAGAAAGGAGAAAGAAGAUGACUUUCUUGCUAUGAAGGGAACAAAAAUCCCUCAAAGACCAAAGAAGAGAGCAAAGAACAUUGACAGAAUUCUACAGUGCUGUUUUCCUGGGAUGUGGCUAUCAGAGCUGACAAAGAGUAGAUAUGAAGUUAGGGAGAAGAAAUCAGUGAAAAAGCAAAAGCGCAGAGGCUUAAAAGGAAUGGAAAAUUUGGACAGUGAUUCGGACUAACACAUAACCAAGCUUUUUAUUCAAAGCUAGGUUGAUGGCAUUGAUGAGGGAAAACUCAAGAAGAGCCCUUUUUUUUUCAAAGAGUCUUAAGAGCUGUUGGUAGGGCAUUACUUAAAAGUAGGUUGAAUUGGGUCCCUACCCUUCAUUACCUUUGUAUUAUAGCUGGGCUCACAUCACCAGAUGUAUUAUAUAGGGACUUAAAUGCUAAUAAUACACUGUGUUACAUGCUCUCUCGGACACAUUUUUAUUAUUGGAUUGGAUGCAAUUCUUUCAACAUUUACUAAAUAAUAUUAGUCUUUCUCUCGUUUAA